AGCUACUCAUUGAUGCCAUGCAUGCUCACUGUCCCGAGAUAUGACAAAACACUACACCCUUCGGGAUUUUUUUUCUCCUGUUCAAAAACAGCAUUUCACAUCUGUGUCUGACAGAAGCAUUAGAAGCACAGAGGAGCAGACCCUUCAUCAUCCCUUAUAAAUGUGAGGCUGAAGCAUGGGUGAAAAGUUAAGACAAAACCUGAAGUCCACUGAUCUUGUAUUAUUGUUUUUCAAAGCAACAUACAAUGUGGAAGCUACUGAAUUUAUAGGAAAACAAGAACUUUUCACUGUUGGAAUCAUCUACAGAAAACAGAUGGGAUUUACUGGAUGCUAAAGCUUUUAAUCAAUUUUUAAUAAGUACUGAAUACCUGAGUUAUCUGGGGUACGUUCCUCUGCCUCUAUUGUUUGAAGAGAUGUGAAGUUCAGAGCUCCCUUUCUGGCAACUUGAAAGAACAGAAUAACCUAAAAUGCUGCAUAUAGAAUCCAAUCAAGUAUUCAGGAUGUCUGAGAAUAAAUUAGAAACAACCACUAUCACAAAACAAAGCAGCAGCAACGAAUAAAGAUGCUGUGGAGAAAGAAAUCACAAGACACGGGAGAAGAAUGCACUUAAAUAGAAAAGCUUCCUACCUAGUGAGUGUCUUUCCAUAUAUUCAGACAGACCACAGAAAAAUAAGCUUCAAUCAAUGAGAUUCAAUCAAAUAUCUCCAGCGUGCAGCUCUGAUCAGCACAGGUGGCGAUGCAGUCCCAAAUCCAAAAAGAGCUCCAGCAUGAACCGUACGGGAGAUACUGGAUCUGAUCGCUGUAUGAGGAGACAAAUCUGUUCUACCAGAGCUCCGUUACAGAAGACGAAAUGCCAAAGCAUUUGAAAAAAAUCUCCAAGGUGUCUUCAAAAAAUAUUAUCAAGUACAGAAAAUAUUCUGCAAUGACCUUAAUAUCCUGGUGAUAAUACACUACGAACAAGAAUGGAAGUAAAUUCAACCACUGUAAACAGUAGUUCUGUUAACCAUAAACAGUUAGAAGGGCAUAGCCUUUUGGAAGUAAUCGCAAUUGCCACUGUCACAGCGAUUGUAAGCCUAAUAACCAUAGUGGGAAACAUUCUUGUAAUGAUAUCCUUCAAAGUCAACAGUCAACUCAAAACUGUUAACAAUUAUUACUUGCUCAGCCUUGCUUGUGCAGACCUCAUCAUUGGAAUAUUUUCUAUGAAUCUCUACACAUCUUAUAUACUAAUAGGCCAUUGGUCUCUUGGAAGUCUGGCAUGUGAUCUGUGGCUAGCAUUGGACUAUGUAGCUAGCAAUGCCUCAGUAAUGAACUUGCUAGUUAUCAGUUUUGAUCGAUACUUUUCCAUCACAAGACCUCUAACCUACAGGGCUAAGCGCACACCCAAAAGGGCAGGCAUUAUGAUUGGUCUAGCUUGGUUAAUUUCCUUUAUUCUGUGGGCACCACCAAUCUUAUGCUGGCAGUAUUUUGUGGGGGAACGAACUGUCCCAUCUAAAGAAUGCCAGAUACAAUUUUUAUAUGAACCCAUUAUCACCUUCGGUACUGCAAUUGCUGCUUUCUACAUCCCAGUGUCAGUGAUGACUAUUUUAUAUUGCCGUAUUUAUAAAGAGACUGAGAAACGUACCAAGGACCUUGCUGAACUUCAAGGUUCUGAGUCUGUGACAGAGCUUGAGAUGAUAAAACCCCAGAAAGCUCUUCUGAAGUCCUGUUUUAGUUGCAAGCAACAAAAUUUAGCCAAAAGGGAGAGGUGUCAGGCUUCAUGGUCUUCAUCCAGUCGAAGCACGUCAGCCACUGCAAAAGUACCCCAAACACCAAAUACUUGUAAUGAUUGGUCUAAAGCAGACCAGCUAACCACCUGCAGCAGCUACGCAUCCUCAGAAGAAGAAGACAAAUCUGCCAAUGAUUCAGUUUUUGAAGUAACUUACAAGAGUCCAGCCAAAGAUAAGAAAGAAGAGUUUAAUGAGGAGGAGAAUAAGGAAGUUUUUAUCAAAGACCAUCCUAUGGAAAAUGAUUUUGAGACCCAGAAAUACUUUCUAUCUCCAGCCAAAAGCCAAGCGCAAAAAAGUCCAAAAUGUGUGGCCUACAAAUUCCACUUGGUGGUUAAGGCUGAUGGCACCCAGGAAACUAACAAUGGUUGCCGAAAAGUAAAAAUAACUACUUGUUCUGCUGCUUUAUCAAAGGACCCUUCCAUCAAAGGCAUGGAUCCAAAUUUAAGUAACCAAAUCACUAAAAGGAAAAGAAUGGUACUUAUAAAGGAGCGCAAAGCAGCCCAGACUUUAAGUGCCAUUCUUCUAGCUUUUAUCAUCACUUGGACUCCCUACAAUAUAAUGGUUUUGGUCUCCACAUUUUGCGCAGACUGCAUUCCCCUAACACUGUGGCACCUUGGAUAUUGGCUGUGCUAUGUGAAUAGCACUGUUAACCCUAUCUGUUAUGCUCUCUGUAACAAAACUUUCAGAAAAACUUUUAAGAUGCUACUCUUCUGUCAAUGGAAAAACAAAAAGGUGGAAGAGAAGUUGUACUGGCAGGGUAAUACCAAACUGCUAUAAUUGUAAUAGACGAUGAGAGGAAAACAUAAAAAGUACGUAGUGACAUUGUCCACGCAUCAUAAAUUGGCUGCAAUUCUUUCUUUUCAAAGUUGUUGCUUUACAUGUCUGGGGACAAAAAUUUCUGCACAGAAAAGCCACAUUUUGCAUAAUGACAGUCUUGUGCGUGGGUUCAAGAGGAAAGCAGCAGCUGCUAUGAUUGUCUAUGAGUGUUUGCAGUCACUCAAUGGAACUGCAUUACUGUCAACAUCUUAGGGGCCUGUGGUAUUCCCUUUCAACCAGAGAAUAAGUAGAGUGAAUCAGAGACCCCUGGAAAUUAGAGAUGGAUAGACCUGUUAGGUCAUCCAGUCCAUCUCCCUGCAGUUGCAAGACUGUUUUGCUGUGUAUUUUCUAGUGUUUUGUCUAUACUAGUUUUAUAUAUCCCUAGCAAUGGGCCUUACACUACUUCCCUUGUGACACUAUUCCAUAGCCUGAUGAAAUGGCACAAGGACCUUUAAAGGUGAAAACAGCGGUGCCCAAAAUAAAGCAUUAGGGGAUCCUUUGGAUCCCAAAUGGGCAAAUCUGUUGAGGGCAAGUGUAAUGCUAAGAAAAUGUUCUAUUGUAGGAUAACUUUUCUGAGUGAAGGGAGGGCUCAUAGUUGGUGUAAUACACAAUGUCGUAUAUUAAGAACCCAAUGCCCAUACUAAGGCUGUCAUACAAGUUAGUAUCACCUGGAAACAAGUAGUUAGCAGAAAUUUCUGAAUUUGUAUUUCUUCAUAUACCAGAAGGUUGUUUUUUUAAAGUCACUAUACCAGUAUAAAGUGAUGGUGCAAAGCAGAAUCUCUUCUUUAACUCCACUACUCCCCACCAGAAAAUCUACCUUUUGUUUAAUGAUAUACAGAACACAGGAAAAAUAUAAACUGAUAUCAUGCAGUCAUCAAUAUAUCAUAAAGUUAUUAAAAAUACUGAGAAAAUUGGUAUUGCUGGGGGAUGAAAACAGGAUUUUUUGUGACUGGACUCUGAUUGUUUCUAUAUUAAUCUUAAUAUUAUUUAGUACUUAUGCAGCACUUUUGAUCUUCAAAGAACUUUACAAAUAUUGCCUAACUAAUUUGUUUAUACGUUUUCUUCAGCCAGAACUUCUGGGCCAGUCGAACUGCUGGGCUGGGGGAAAGGUGGCUGUUAACCAUAUUUGUGGCUCCUGGAUUCUGGGGCCAGCAUGUGCAGGCCCUGAGCCCAGGUGCAAGUUAGUGCAGGCCCCAAGGGGCUGUUCCAGAAACUGAGGUUUGCUGGAGCCUAAGGAUCCCCCAGUAAUACCUCUCCUGAAAGGAGGGGUGUGGUGUUCAAUAUGGUAUUGUGGUUCUGGGCUGCAUGGAGGAUUCUGUUUGGCAGAAGUCCUCAUGUAGAUGGAUUCACUGUCAUUAAGGCCACUUGCAGCACAAAGCUGCUGAAGUGGGGUAAUGAUCUGGCUCACUACAGUGUAAUAAAAUCAAGUAUCAAAAAACUCAGGAAGAAACAAAGGAAAUGGCAACAGAAAUUAGAGGGUAUAAGAAAAGACUGAGAAUAAACAAGUGUUUAUAAGAAGAUGACAAAAUAAAGGUCCUGUAAGGAAUUACAAAUACUGCACUAGAGAUGAGCCCAAGUCACAGGGUUCCGAUCUAGAUCUAUCUAGCCUUUAUCAAACUUCAGGGGUAUUUGGAUCUAGAGUUUUGAUUUGGGCCCAUCUCCAUAUUUCAUCUCACAAUAUACUUAACAUGAUAAUAUAGUGUGACAUGAAAUACUUGCACAGUGCAGAGAUAAUGCAGCAGAUUUCGUGCUAGUUAUCCUGAAUUUAUCAUUGUUUUCAGUAAAGUUUGUUUUUAGUGGAGUUGGCAUAUAAUUUAGUUAAUGGUAAUUAUCAUGAAAGACAUGUUUUUUUUUCCAUAACUAUCCAAUUAAUUCAUGUAAAUGACCACUGUGUAAGUAAUUUUUUAAAUAUUCCUAAUUUUCAGAGGGAAAAUAUAUGUCAAUGAAAGGCUAGCAAUAUGUGAAAAAUGUAUUUUGAAUUCAACAUGAUUGAUUUUGAAGUACAUUGUAUUGUCCCAGUUAUUUCUGGUACUUUAGCAUAUGAUUAUUAAAGGGAAGUAUGGGUUUUUAUAUAGACCCUUUUGUUGAUUUACCUCUGUCACCAUCCAGAGCUUUUUCUCUGUAUAGUGAGUGGCUAUUAUGGUGGGUUCAUCUUAUUUUGCAUUGGAUCAAACACAUAAGUAGUGUGUUUGAUUCAACACAAUAUUAAUGCGCACAUUUGUGACAAAAGCUAUAGUAAAGGCAAAAUGUAUAAGGCUGUACGAAUUCUUGCUAGCUGCAAUGUUGUUGCUAAAGUAAAGCAUUGGCUUCUACUUCUGAAAUUAAAUGGGAUAUUUUUGUUGUCCCUUUUUGGCUUCUGUUAAACAAGAGUGUUUUGUAAAUGUUUAUGGACUCUGUGCUGAAUAGAUGUAUAAGGUAGAUUGUACAGCAAUGGAUGCAACUAUGUCAGUUCAAUGUAAUUGUGAAAUAUGUGCUCAAACUAUGCUGCUAGCAUCUGAGGCAUUACACUACCAAACCGAGAGGUACGUUGUAAAUACCUGGAAUUAUAUAAAAGAAAUAUAGGAUGUUUAUGUUUUCCUGUUAUGUAGUAUGGUAACAUGAACCUCAACAAAACAUAAUUUAGUAGUUAAGUAUACCUUGUUUUCAAGUUCUGUAAAGCUCCAUUUUAAGCUUAACGUGGACUAAGUUACAUUAUCUGGUUUCCUGUUCUUUUAAUGAUUUUUUACACCAAGGGUUCUCAAACUGGGGGGUCGUGACCCCUCAAGGGGUCACGAGGUUAUUACUCGGAGCAUCGUGAGAUGUAAGCCUCCACCCCAAACCCCGCUUCACCUCCAGCAUUUAUAAUAGUGCUAACUAUAACAAAAGUGUUUUUAAUUUAUAAGUUGGGGUCGCAUUCAGAGGUUUGCUGUGCGAAAGGGGUCAUCAGUACAAAAGUUUGAGAACCACUGCUUUACACAACCAUUAAUUUUAAUAAUUGAUUAUGAACUAGGGACCUUGUGAAGAGGUCUUUUUUGGUUAAACUUCUAUAUCUCUAAGUAAGAGUUCCCCAGUCCAAUCGCACAUGAAUGUUUUGGGGAUCUAAUCCUUGCUCAAAAUAAAUGUCAUAAUUUCCUCUUUCUUUCCAUAUACUCUCAAUCCCUUUCCCCUAAAAAGUAUCAAAUAAAGUAGUCAUGACUCUUCUGUAGAUUUCAUUCUGUUUGAAGACGCAGACUUGAAAGAUGUUCAGAAUUCUAGCAUAGACUAUCUAAUUAAAAUGGACAUAUAUUCACCUUUUUGUGGGAGGAACUCAGGAUACAGCAGGGCUUACAUUGGGCUCAAAAAUCUUUCUUUUGUGGAAAAGUCCUGUUGAAUUUAAGAAGGACGAAACCAAAAGAGAUCUACAGAAAUUAUUCUAACUAACCUAUAGAAUUUGAUAGAGAAUUCUCUUUUUGUUAGAAUUUUUAAAUCAACCUAUAGGAUUCAAUAGAGAAUCAUACCCGUGCUAUAGGAAUCCACAGAUUGGUUUAAACAUUUUGUAGAAGGAAGAUCAAUCUCUCUUACAUUUUUUAAGAUUAUUCCACAGGGUCAUUUUUGUUUCUCAUUUCUUUUAUUCAGAGGUAGGUCCAAACUGAUACCUGGAUCAGAAUGCUGUGAAUUUAAGGGGCACAUGGUUCUGGAUCCAGAUGUGAAUAUAUACUUAAAAAAAGAUUCCUACUCCAAACACUACCAUCUCAAUCCUCAACUUGUGGGAAAAUUCAGAUUCUGAUCCUAUAAUAGAACUCAGCAUCAUGAAAAGGCCUCAUCGCUACUUUUAAUUACAUCUAAUCUCAUUAUUACUUAUUCUGGUCACUUUCCAGAAAAUUGUGACAUUAUUUUCUAGCCACAUUUGGUACAUAACAAUUUAAAAUUAAUUGUACAGGUCAAACUUAUUUAAUAUGUCUAAGAACGAAUGUUCCUAAAGAUAGUCACACUUGAAGAAGCUUUCUACCUAAUACAAGCGAAAAGUAAAAACAUCAGUGAGACAUGGUAAAUGGUUUAAAUCUGAUAAAUGAGAACCCAUGAUAACAAUAAAAAAAUCUCAUGUAAUUCUGGAAAAUGGUGUUAUUGUCCUAGAAAAAAGUCACUACAAAAUUGGGUGCUUUUAUUGUGGGAAAGUAGAACUGAACCAAAAACCCAUACCUUCAAGCCCUCAAACUUCAGCAGAGUUUGAUGUUUGAACCCAGAUUCUGAUUUGAACUUUGCAAAAGGCUCCUAUCUAUAUUAUGGGUCAGCCAAAACCCUAAAUCCAAAAUAUCUUCCAAUCCAUUUGUUUCGGGAGAGUAUGGAGUUGAUGUAACCUGUUUGAUACAAUUUCUUUGUUAAACAGCUGAAAUUCUUCUGAGGUGAAUUGAGUUCUGUUCAUACUGAUAAUCUAUUCAGAAACUUCUGUCCAUGAAAACAAUUAUCUUAACACUUCCAUUGUGUGCAGUGAGUUAGUUGAAUUCAUACAGAAUACUUCAGGCCAUUUAGACUGAGCAUCUACUGCAAUUAAAAAAAGUGUAUGUCCCAUAAGUGGUCCAGUAUAAUCUCCGUGGAUUCAUUACCACGGUGACUCCCAAGAAUUCAAAGGAGCAUGUUUAAGCAUGUGAUACAUUCGAUGACAAACUUGACAUUGUUUUGCCAUUUCCUUCACAUGUGUAUCAAUCUGUGGACACCACUCAAAAUUCCUGGUAAGGACUUUCAUUUUUAAAAUUCCCAAUUCCACUCUAGUACUACACAUUAGGCAACCUUAAUAUAUAUGUAUUUAACUGUUCUUUUCAAGCAAAGAAAGCUGG